AUGUCUUGCCUGGGCGGGAUUCGCCUCAGUCACCGCUUCGAGCGAUCUUCGCUGCCGAACAUUACUCUUGCUCCCAGAGCCCCGUGGAAACUGGUAGGGCCUGCUAGUGUGCAUUUGCAGACUGAGCUUGAGACUCUUUACUGGUAUGGCGUGGGGCUCGAGCUCGAAAAUAUCAUACGCACCUUGAAAACCUGGCAGCAAUCAGAGUAUACAGAUGUGGCAGUCGAUGAUGACCAUGACAACAAUGUACACGGCUUUGACACAUUUAUUGAUCAGGUCACUCAGGAAACACGGGCGUUUGCGCUACGAUAUGGGGAAGAGAAAACUGCGAGGACAGCCGAUCAGGAUAAGAUCUUGCCUUCUGUUAUGAGCAACGUUGAGAUCAAGGAGGCAUUACGCAAAGCAAAACUCGCGGAGGUAGAAUAUCAGAGCACUAACGUUGAUGUUAAGGAGGAGGUGCGAAGGAACACGGAAGACAUUGCAUCAUCUUCCGGUAUCCAGGAGCGGGCACGUAUCCUUCUACAAGCUGCGGGGCUCCUCGAUAUCGACAAACUGGUUGAGCACCGUCCACCCCUAGAAGACCUUGGCUUCUGGGCUCGACCUGCCAUUCCACAACUCACUUUGUCUGGCUUUGACAGUGACUGGAAUGCCAGGCUGGAGCCUCUGAAAUGUUCGGACUGCUCCAGUAUCAUUCGAGGUAGCAUGUUUACCCAUAGUGGCAAAUCGAAUCAUGCGAAACAACUCACCGUCUGCGAGGACUGUUAUCGAAAACUCUAUUUUGGCAGAGAACAAUAUGUCAAGGUAUACAAGCACUGCGUUCUUGCCGAGACCAUUACUCCUACUCUGAGUCAGGAUUUGUGUCAUUGUGCAGACGUCUCUCGCCUUGACAGCAGUGGACUUCCAGGUGCCCUCUUUCCAAUCCCUAAGGGAGAAAGGCAUGUUGCAAUUCCAAUCGCGAAGAGAUGCAAAUUACUCGAACUCAAUACUCGAGUCGCCCUCGCAAAAUACCACGGUCUCCAGUCUACAGUUCGUGAUCACAGGAAGAAAGACAAGAAAACGACCAGAUUCCGAGUUAAAUCAGCUGGUGCAGCUGGACGGGUGAAGUAUGAGCCAGCCAAGAAAGUAAUUUUGAGAAAAGAACCCGAUUCGAAGCAGGCGGCCCUGCGGCCCGAGCCAGGAAAGGAAGCCCCUUUUGCCCGUGACCAAGAUACAAACACUGCUUCAAUGAAGGAAGCCAUGGCUGACGAAGAUAUACCGUUAUUUUUUCGUCACUUUGCCCAACAAUACCCUUUUGGCAAUGUUCACAUGGCUUUGCGAGUUGGGCCACUGGUCAUUGAAAAUGGGGUCGCAAACGCCAAGAAAGGUGCCUUAGUUACUAUGAGAGAACUGCCUACCUUUCAUGAUAGGCCUGACUCCUGCAGUUCACGCUCUCGUCAUCCUAGUUUAGCAAUUGGUGGCGACCCUAAAAGACGCCUUUGGCAGCAGCAGCGCCUCGUUGGAACUCCCAAACGAUACAAAGCUACCAUGAAGCAGGUUGUCGGGGUACCAUUCACCGGUGCCCUUUCUGGAUCUUCCGAUGUUGAGCAGGAAUUUGAGAUUAUAUGGCUUAUUGUGGCGGCUAGUCGUGGGUAUUUCGACCAUCCAGGACUUCCCGCCAAAGAACAGCGUAAGAGUCUAGACGCUGCGCUGGAUCAGAUAAUGACCAAGCUCAAGCAACUUCUUAAGCCAAGGGUCAAUUUCUAUUUGAAUGCCAUUGCGAGGAAGUUACUUGAUCCAAAUACAACUCUCGCCUGGAGCGCUAUUGGGAAUAACUGUCAAUCGUUUUGCGACUCACUCAUUGACAUGGAUUUUUUUGAGCCCUUGGUCGGAACGGCUUCGACAGGACAAGCUUCGGGGGCUGCAUCUCCGUUAUAUCUUAUGAGCUUUGUUUGUCCACAGGACGGCUAUCUACGUAGCCAAGUCCGCACGAAGUACGAUGUUCCCAGCGGACUGACCGAGGAAUACCUUCUUCGCUUCCACUUCGGUCGACAUGAUGAGGCCGAUGUUCUGGACACUCUCCAGGAGUACUGGUACGACUGGGGCGCAUUUGGUGGUACACUUUACAAGUACCAGGAUCUUUUCCCCUGGGAUUGCACCGAAGCUUAUCAGCAGCACCCCAAAUUCUGCGGGUCCUGUAGUCUCGCUAAGCAUACUUGGGCAUUUCCAUUCGACGCUUGGUCUAUAAUCGCGUUACAUCUCCAGCGAGGUCGACAAAUGUACGCCACAGCGAAGCCAAGCAAUCGAGGAACGAAGGAUGUUUCCUGGGUGCGUAAUCGACUUACUGUUCUCACAGCCUUGUCUCUCCUGAACCGAGGAGCGGCUGCCAUGGCUCGAAGUGAAAAGUUCGUGCAAGCGACCCAAUGGCUCCAUUCUGCAGGUAAGGGUCUUCGACAGGCACACCCGUCACUGACAAGGGUGAAACUGGGAGGAAUUCACCGCGCCCAGCCCUAUAGCCACUACUACGAAGCGGGGACCUACAGUCAUUACUUUCUCGCCAAGUGGGCUUCACGACCACGGUCUGAGCAGAUUCAGGAAUACGAAGCCUUGCGCAACGAGCGUGCCAGGAGGCCCGAUGUCGGUGGCAGCGGUCGUAGCGGGAGAUUCUCCUUACCCAGGACGGAAGGCGCAAGAAAGGAACCGACCAAUCUGGAUUUCCUGGGGUUUGAAGGGCUUGACUAUGAUUUCGAUCGAUUGCAUACCAACAGUUCAGUCGAUGACAGCUGUGACGAGGUGGUAUCUACUGAUGCAGAUUAUCACUCUGCUCACUCUGCUCACUCUUCCCCUGGCGAUGCAGAUAGCGACUCUCAACCUAGCUCUGGAUCGAUGACCGGCCUGGAAUCGUUGUAUUCGUCGCAUGGUGUCUCCUCAACCAAUGACUCCCAGCAAACCAAAGCCAAUGAAGGAGCACCAGUGCGGGAACUUCGAGACACAGCAUACCGGGACACCGUGCAUCCAAGCAGAAUCGAUUAUGAAGCCGGCCAUGAACGAGAUACCCAAUUCAAUACCCAAGGCGCAGUUAGGGCAGACAAAGAGGGGGCCGAAUGUCGCGACGAGUCGCCCAAGCAAAAUCAGCCUGGGGAUAAUGGCGGUGGCCCCCGAGCCUCCUAUCAGUACGACUCCACUUUCGCGACGUGGGCAGGUCACUCGAAAUAUCAACAUCCCGGCCAUGUUGACUACACCUGGAAGACAGAUUCUGGCGUAGCGAAAUCUACUGGAAAUGGAGAGGGCCAUACUGGUUCAGGGCACGGAUAUCCCAGUACAAAUUCCUCCGGGUAUGGCAGUCGCAAUCACGACGGUUGGUCUAGUGGCUAUACUGGGGGUUGGAACCCGUAUUUCAGCAGCCGCUCUCAUAGUAGUGGCAGUAGCCACCACGGUAGCAGUUCGAGUGGUUCAUAUGGCGGGGGUAGUUCAAGCUCGUAUCGCAGCAGUUCGGGCGGAGGAAGCAGCUCAUAUGGUGGUGACUCAAGCAGUUCGUCUGGCGGCGGUGGCUGGAGCGAUUCGUAUGGGAGCAGCUCAUACGAUAGUGGCAGUUCGUACAGCUCCAGCUGGAACUGA